AGUCCACCAUAUCCAACUUCAGAUGAUAUUUUUAGCUGCUGUGGAUCAUAUACGGAUGUGAAGCCUUUCUAGUCAUUAAUUGCAGAAAUCUUUCUUUCAGGCUCACAAAUAGAUAAUUGGGUUCUGUGUUUUGCUGCUUUUAAUGUCAAUCUCAGUUUCUCUAUUGCCAAUCGGUGCAGGUGAAGGGAUUAUAGUUCCAGGCAGAUAUGUCAGUGCAAAUCAAUCCAUAAUUUCUGCUAGUGGAACUUUUGCUCUAGGCUUCUUUAGUGCGGGAAAUUCAACUCCAAGGUACUAUCUUGGCAUUUGGUAUAACAAAAUUCAGAAGAAAUCUGUUGUCUGGGUUGCGAAUAGAGAAUCCCCUACUGAUUCUCUAGGAACUUUCUCACUCGGGGUCGAUGGAAAUCUAGUGGUUUUGGAUGCAGCAGGGAAAACUGUUUGGUCAUCUAAUGUAAAGAUUGCUCAUUCAGCUAUAAAUAGCAUGAUGGGUGUCCUAAUGGAUAGUGGAAACUUUUUAUUGAGAAGUGGGGAAACCAUCCUGUGGCAGAGCUUUGAUCAUCCGUCGGAUACGUUCUUGCCUGGCAUGAAAGUUGGCAAUAAUCGCAAAACUGGUCAAAGAAGGCAGCUUACAUCUUGGAUAGACGCUGAAGAUCCACAACCAGGAUUAUUCUCUUUCGGCUUGGAUACGACGGGACCUCUGCAGUUUUUCAUAUGGAAGGAUCAUGUUCCUUAUAGCCGAACCAAUGUCUACAGCAAUUCUAUGUCAUUAACGAAGUUAUCCCGAUGGCUACCUUUUGCUUAUUACAUUACUGUGAAGUUAGAGGGUGAUGAUAUUUAUCUUUCUUACAGUAUCUCAGAUAUCUCAGCUAUAUUAAGGAUCACACUAGUCCCUAAUGGGCGACUUGAGGCUCUGAUAUGGGAGGAGAAAAACAGUAAAUGGUUUUCUAUGUGGCAGUGGCCUAAAGUUUACUGUGAUUUCUAUGGUCAUUGCAGUCCAUUUAGUAGCUGUGACAAAAAAGGUUCUCCAGUUUAUUGCAAAUGUUUGACAGGUUUCCAGCCAAAAGUUCAGCAAGAGUGGCAUAUGACGAAUUGGACCAGUGACACUUGGGUGAGGCAAAAGGCACUAACAUGUGACAAGGGUGAUGGGUUUUUGAAGAUUGAAACUAUCAAAUUACCAGAUCAUUCGUAUCUAGUGGAAAAUAUGAGUGCCAAUGAUUGUGAAUCAAGGUGCCUACAAAAUUGCUCCUGCACAGCUUAUGCACUUGUCAAUGCAAGUCAAGGAAACUCAGUUAACUGCCUGAGCUGGUAUGGGGACUUGAUGGAUAUUGUACAUGACAUUGAAGGGCAAAUUCUUUACGUUCGUGUUCAUGACAGAGAACUUGUUGAAAAUGAUGGAAGUAGUGAUAACUUUUCCAGUAGACGCAAGCGCUCUAUUAUAAUUCUAGUAGCGGUAAUUUCUUUAGGGGUUCUUACUGUUCUAUCUGGCUAUUUCACCUGGAGAAAAAGAUUUGGAAAACAAGAGAUAAUUGAAGAGAGUUUUACUGGGACCAGCACCACUAUUGGAGGAGAAGCUGGUAAUGGUGACACGGAGCUGAACAUAUUUAGCUUGAACAGAAUACAGGCUGCCACAAAUGACUUCUCUGAAGAUAAUAAACUGGGAGAGGGUGGUUUUGGCACUGUUUAUAAGGGAGAUUUGGCAAUUCAAGAAGUUGCAAUAAAAAGGCUUUCUAAGAAAUCUGGACAAGGACUAGAAGAGUUCAUGAAUGAGUCAAAACUUAUUUCUAAGCUCCAACACACUAAUCUUGUGAGACUCUUAGGUUGCUGUGCUGAAGGGGAGGAGAGAAUAUUGGUGUACGAAUACAUGCGGAAUCGAAGCCUGGAUAAGUUUUUGUUUGAUCCUUCUGAAAAGGCAAACCUUAAUUGGAGCAAACGUUUUCGAAUCAUCGAGGGCAUUGCUCAAGGUCUCCUUUACCUUCACAAGUACUCUAGAUUGAAAGUGAUCCACAGGGACCUAAAGGCAAGUAACAUAUUACUGGAUGAUGUAAUGAAUCCUAAGAUUUCAGAUUUUGGAUUGGCAAGGAUGUUUGGAUCUGACCAAACCGAAGCAGAUACCAAACGGGUGGUUGGUACUUAUGGCUACAUGUCACCCGAAUAUGCACAAUAUGGAAAAUUCUCAGAAAAAUCAGAUGUCUUCAGCUUUGGAGUUUUGCUAUUAGAGAUUGUGACCGGUAAGAGAAAUGCUGAAUUUUUUCGCAACGAUCUUCCUCAAACCCUUCAAGGAUGGGCAUGGGAAUUGUGGAAUGAAGCUAGAGGACUAGACCUUAUCGAUCCAUCGAUAAAGGACUCAUUUGAAAGUCCUGACAGAAUUUUCAGGUGCAUCCAUGUAGGGCUUUUGUGUGUUCAGGAAUCUCCAGCUGAUAGACCUACGAUGCCAUUAGUGGUUCAGAUGUUGAGCAAUGACAAUGCAUCACUUCCUUCUCCAAAAGAACCUGCAUUCUCUAGUCUUAGUCGUCAGAGAUCUAGCAAUUUUGUUGCCUUUCACAACACAUCAACUAUAUAUUCUAACAACGAAUUGACAAUUAGCCUGCCUGAGGCUCGAUAAGACUUUCCAGGUUCUUCAGUUCACUUGACAUGUAUAUACAUGAAAUUCAUCAAUAUUUCAAUUAUCAAAAUUUACUGGCUCA